UCCGGGCGCCGGCGGACAGCGGGGGCUACCUCCUGCCGCCGAGUUGUGCGGGCGAGCGCCCUCGCGCCCUUGCGCCGGGCUUCAACUUGCGGGCCGGGAGCUGGGCGCCCCGGGUCGGAAGCAAGGCGGGCUGCACGGAGCUCCCUUCGAUCGGCGCCGCGGCUUCAGAGUAAACUUUGCGCCCUAGCGGAGUUGGAAAGAGGGAGCCGCGGCGCCGGGCGGCAGCAGGCGGAGCCCGGAGUUCAGCUCUCGCUCCGGGGUCUGGGCGGUCAUCCUCCCCGGCCCUGGGGCCCGACUCACGCGCACCCUCCUUUCUACCCUCUGCCCCCAGUUGAGAGGUCGGACAUGCUGAAGCCGGGAGACCCCGGCGGCUCGGCCUUUCUCAAAGUGGACCCAGCCUAUCUGCAGCACUGGCAGCAACUCUUCCCGCACGGCGGCAGCGGCGGCCCGCUCAAGGGCGGCGCCGCCGCGGGUCCCUUGGGCGCGCCGCAGCCUCUCCAGCCGCCGCCGCCGCCUCCGGAGCGCGCAGAGCCUCCGCCGGACAGCUUGCGCCCGCGGCCCGCCUCACUCUCCUCUGCCUCCUCCACUCCGGCGUCCUCCUCCACUUCGGCCUCCUCUGCCUCCUCUUGCGCCGCCGCGGCCGCCGCCGCCGCCGCCGCGCUGGCUGGUCUCUCGGCCCUGCCCGUGGCGCAGCUGCCGGUGUUCGCGCCUCUGGCCGCCGCCGCCGUCGCCGCGGAGCCGCUACCCCCCAAGGACCUGUGCCUCGGCGCUGCCUCGGGCCCGGGCCCUUCCAAGUGCGGCGGCAGCGGCGGGGACGUGCGGGGCGGCCCGCGCUUCCGCUGCAGCGCGGAGGAGCUGGACUAUUACCUGUACGGCCAGCAGCGCAUGGAGAUCAUCCCGCUCAACCAGCACACCAGCGAUCCCAACAACCGUUGCGACAUGUGUGCGGACAACCGCAACGGCGAGUGUCCCAUGCACGGGCCGCUGCACUCGCUGCGCCGGCUCGUGGGCACCAGCAGUGCCGCGGCCGCCGCGCCCCCGCCGGAACUGCCCGAGUGGCUCCGGGACCUGCCGCGGGAGGUGUGCCUGUGCACCAGCACCGUGCCCGGCCUGGCCUACGGCAUCUGCGCGGCGCAGAGGAUCCAGCAGGGCACUUGGAUCGGGCCCUUCCAGGGCGUCCUUCUGCCCCCCGAGAAGGUGCAGGCGGGCGCAGUGAGGAACACACAGCAUCUCUGGGAGAUCUAUGACCAAGAUGGGACACUACAGCACUUUAUUGAUGGUGGGGAGCCUAGUAAGUCGAGCUGGAUGAGGUAUAUCCGAUGUGCAAGGCACUGCGGAGAGCAGAAUCUAACAGUAGUUCAGUACAGGUCGAAUAUAUUCUACCGAGCCUGUAUAGAUAUCCCCAGGGGCACCGAGCUUCUGGUGUGGUACAAUGACAGCUAUACGUCUUUCUUUGGGAUCCCCUUACAAUGCAUUGCGCAGGAUGAAAACUUAAACGUGCCCUCGACGGUCAUGGAGGCCAUGUGCAGACAGGACGUCCUGCAGCCGUUCAGCAAGAGCGGCAAGCUGCCCCCCGCCACCCAGCAGCGCUCUGUGGUCUUCCCGCAGACUCCCUGCACCAGGAACUUCUCUCUCCUGGACAAGUCCGGGCCCAUGGAAUCAGGAUUUAACCAGAUCAACGUGAAAAACCAGCGAGUGCUCGCAAGCCCAACUUCCACCAGCCAGCUCCACUCGGAGUUCAGCGACUGGCAUCUCUGGAAAUGCGGCCAGUGCUUUAAGACUUUCACGCAACGGAUCCUCCUACAGAUGCACGUGUGCACACAGAACCCCGACAGACCUUAUCAGUGCGGUCACUGCUCCCAGUCCUUUUCACAACCGUCUGAGCUGAGGAACCACGUGGUCACCCACUCCAGUGACCGGCCUUUCAAGUGUGGCUACUGUGGUCGUGCCUUCGCCGGGGCGACCACCCUCAACAACCACAUCCGAACUCACACUGGAGAAAAGCCCUUCAAGGUUCCGCUCAUUCUCCUCCAACUCCAGCCCUAAAAGGAGCUGAAAUUACAUGACUCCGGUUGCUCAUCCUUCAAUCAUUACAGACACAAAGAACAGAAGAGAGACUCCAAACUCAUGACGGAGGAACAGAGGAAACCAGUGUUUAAAAAAAAAAAAUAAAAACCAACUCACGCCCUUAGGCUCUGAGGUCAUGUAGAUCUUCCUUAUAUGAUGACUUAGCUCCCUUUCCAAGCAGUGUGUCCUUUUAUGGGGGCUCAGAGGAGGGCCGGUGAAUUACCAAGACUUCCCUCGUAGGAAAACUGAGCCUUCAUAGAAUUCGUCUUAUUUAUUGCACCAAGGUACUGUUGGGUUUGUCUCACCCCAGGACGCGAACGGCCACAGCGUGGGAGGGAGAUCCUGCCCUCCGUGGGCCAGGACCCCAUGUGCCACAUCAAUUACGUUCCUAAUGCUCUUCCCCGGUACCCCUGUGUUUCCAGAGGCUUAAUGCACCUAUGAGUAAAUGAUUUCUUUCCACGACUGCUUAAAGUGCCAGAAGGCAAGAGAAAUUUAAACAGACCUAAGAUCAACAUUGUGAGUUUACCCGGCUCCCCAUCUAGCAACACUGCCAUAAAUUUCUCCGGCUUCUUAGUUGGGAAUUUAAAAGGCCUAUAGUCUUGGCAACGUUUACAUAACCACAUUUCUUCUAUGUGGAUUACAAACUUGCAAGAUCCCAACCCGUGCUGGGGUAUCCUAUUUGUUCCGCGGGUCAACCUGAAAAGCCAACAAACUCAACACCACAUCCAACCAAACUCUUUCUUCUGGCUUUGACCUGACUGGUGGAAACAGCUUGGCCUCAGGACCC